AUGAAUCGUACUACGACAGCUACAACAUACACUGAGAAUGAAUCGGUAAAUACAUCUUACAUUGAGGAGAAGCACAAUGGCAAGGCUAGCGACUCCUUCCAAAGUGGCACCCUCGAAGAUCGUGGGGCUACCCCGUGGUCCCAGCGCAUCUCUGAUCUGGAGCGUGAACUUGGAACCAGUUCCAAAAGUGGCUUGACAAAACAGGACGCUAAGGCGCGCCUUGCCAAAGACGGUGAGAACUUGCUCGAAGAGCCAAAGGGUGUAUCUGCUGUAAAAGUGCUGAUUGCCCAAACCUGUAACGCCAUGGUGCUUGUCUUGCUGAUUGCUAUGAUUAUUUCUCUAGCCAUCCGUGAUUGGAUCUCUGGCGGCUGCAUUGGCGGUGUCGUUGGAAUUAACGUGGUGGUGGGGUUUUUUCAAGAGUACAGUGCUCAAAAGACGAUGGCUUCACUGCAGUCCAUGUCUUCCCCCACCGCUCGUGUGAUUAGAGAAGGUGAUGAGGAAACAAUUCCAUCAAAGGACCUCGUGGUGGGCGAUCUCAUUACCCUCAAAAUGGGCGAGACUAUCCCUGCCGACUGCCGACUUGUCAGUGGCAUGAAUUUUGAAACAGAGGAGGCGCUCCUCACCGGCGAGUCUUUACCUGUCGUCAAAGAAUAUAGACCAAUUUCCCAGCCUGAUUUGCCGGUGGGUGAUCGCAUCAACAUGGCUUUCGCAUCCUCCACAGUUUCUAAAGGUCGUGCUACCGCCAUUGUCACAGCUACGGGUAUGGCAACUGAGAUUGGCCAGAUUGCCCAGAGUUUGAAUGGCGAGAGCUCUCAUUUCCGCAAAGUGAAGCGAGAUGAAGAGGGUAAUGCCCGUAAGCGGGACUACUUUCAUGCAUUUGGUGGCUCUGUUAAAGAUGUGGUUGGCAACUUUUUGGGUAUCAACGAGGGUACCCCUUUGCAUCGUCUCAUGUCGAGACUGGCUAUUUAUUUAUUCUUUGUUGCCGUUAUUAUUGCAAUCGUUUCAAUGGCCGCUCAAGAAUUCAAUGUGACUCGUGAAGUCGCUAUUUAUGCUAUUGUCGCAGCUCUGGCUAUGAUCCCUGCUUCCAUGGUCGUUGUACUUACUAUUACCAUGGCCGUGGGAACCAAAUCUAUGGUGGAACGAAAUGUGAUGAUUCGCAAAUUGGAUUCAUUGGAAGCGUUGGGAUCUGUAAAUGAUAUUUGCAGUGACAAGACCGGUACCUUGACCCAAGGCAAGAUGAUCGUUCGAAGGGUAUGGAUCCCAUCCUACGAUACAGCAUCUAUUAGUGAGAGUACUGAAUCUUAUAACCCAACAGUUGGCCGUAUCACUAUGGAGGAUGGCGAGGAGAUUACUGAGGUUCCGAAAGACGAACGAUUCCAAGACUUUAUGUACACCGCUAGUAUGGCGAACAUUGCCGAAGUACAUGAAACAUCAGACGGAGUUUGGAAAGCUACUGGUGAUCCAACUGAAAUUGCUAUCCAGGUAUUUGUUACACGUCUUAAUUGGCAACGCGACCUAUGGGUGGGUGCUGACGACGGUGCGCCCCAUCACAAAAUCUUCAAUCAUUUGGCUGAAUAUCCAUUCGAUUCUUCUAUCAAACGGAUGACAGCUAUCUAUGAGCACCGUGCAUCCGGAAAAAUUAACGUUUACACAAAGGGUGCCACGGAACGGAUCUUGGGUCUUUGCUCGCACUGGUACGGAGAUGAGCACACCGACAAUCCUGAGCGGAUCCCAUUCACCAACAAGGAUCAUGAAGUCAUCUUUGAAAAAGUUGAGGAGCUCGCUAAAGAGGGCCUUCGAGUUCUUGCGUUUGCCACAAGGACCCUCGAGAAGGGGAGUGGAACAGAUUGGCACAAUAAACACCGUGAUGAAGUUGAAAAUGAUCUUUGCUUACUUGGCUUGGUGGGUAUCUACGAUCCUCCGCGUUUGGAAUCUGCCCCAGCUGUGGCACUUGCUCACCAUGCGGGUAUCAAUGUCCACAUGCUCACCGGUGAUCACCCUGCAACCGCCACUGCCAUUGCCAAAGAGGUUGGCAUUGUACCGAAGGAUUUACACAGGUAUAACCCGGAGGUUGUAUCAGCCAUGAUUAUGACUGCAACUCAGUUUGAUGCUUUAUCUGAUGAAGAAGUUGAUAAGCUUCCUGUUUUGCCUUUGGUGAUUGCUCGCUGCGCCCCUAAAACAAAGGUUCGCAUGAUCGAAGCGCUACAUCGUCGUGAUGCUUUCACAGCUAUGACUGGCGAUGGUGUCAACGAUUCGCCGUCACUCAAAAAGGCAGAUGUUGGUAUUGCAAUGGGUAUUGCCGGGAGCGACGUUGCCAAGAGCGCAGCAGACAUCGUCUUGUCUGAUGACAAUUUUGCCUCUAUUUUGAAUGCUGUUGAAGAAGGUCGCCGCAUGACUGAUAACAUUCAACGGUUUGUUCUGCACCUUUUGGCAGGUAAUGUUUCGCAAGUCCUCUUUUUGCUUAUCGGCCUUGCCUUCAAAGACAAUGACAACUUCUCCGUUUUCCCUAUGUCACCUGUCGAGGUUCUAUGGAUUAUCAUGAUCACCUCUUCUUUCCCCGCUAUGGGACUGGGCCAGGAGCGCGCUGACCCUGAUAUCAUGGACAAGCCUCCCAAAGACCCCAAAUCUGCUGUUUUCACUUGGGAGGUCAUUGUGGAUAUGGUUGUGUACGGUUUCUUUUUGGCAUGCAUUUGUGUUGCAACAUUUGUAGGUUUGAUUUAUGGCUACGGUGAUGGAAAAGCACGUCUGGGACAUAACUGUAACGAGAACUACAGUGACGCGUGCUACUACGUCUACCGCACCCGAUCAGUUACCUUUGUGCAAAUGACUUGGGCUUUGCUGGUCUUGGCCUGGGAAAUGAUCGAUAUGCGUCGAUCACUUUUCAAUAUGACACCGGGCAAAGGAAACAAGGCAAAGCAAUUGUUCGACGACCUGUGGAGAAAUCAACUUUUGUUUUGGUCUGUCAUCGGGGGUUUUGUCACAGUUUUCCCCGUUAUUUAUAUUCCUGUGAUUAACAAGAGUGUUUUCAAGCACAAGCCUAUGAAAUGGGAAUGGGGUCUUGCAUUUGCUGGCCUAGCUGUAUUUAUUUUGUUGGUUGAACUAUGGAAGUGGGCCAAGCGGGUCUACUACCGCAAGUUCACCGACUUCUACAAGGUCAAGGACCCUCAGGCUGCUUUAGAGAAACCAUUUUCUCGAUACAACACGCGAACUACCUCAGCCAGCGUCGAUGCCAGUGACAAGGCAGGUCUAGUUUAA